AUGGCACCUUCCUCCUCAUCUUCUCCUUCUUCUUCCUCCAAACAUCUUCCUGCCCCUCUCCCUCACCACUCCCCACAUUUCACCCCAAUUCAAGAAUGUGAAAGAGAACAGCAACUUUCAAAGCACAGCAAAGGAGUGACGUAUAAGCACAACCCAACACCUCUUCAUCAUCCUAGUGACAAAAUCGACAAACCCAACACCAAGAAACGGCACGAGUCGUGCGAAGAAGAAGAUGGUUCUUCUGUUUCUUGCAACAAGUGCAAGCCACACUCUCGUGAUCAGAAGAUUUCUGUGGUUCCUUUUGAUCAUGGCAACACCCAUGUUAGUACCGUUAACAAACGGUCAUUGUUUAUUGCUAGCCCAAAUGCUAUCUUUAAGUCAAUUUUUCAAUCUUUAGCAAGAAAGAGUCCGAGAUCAAAGAACAUGUCUACUGCCAGCGAGGAGGAAUGGAAAAUCGCUGUGGCAGAGCUUUCAAAUAAGCUCGUUCAAGCUACAAGAAAGAGAGAUGAAGCCUUGUCAGAAGCUUCCAGGCUCAAGUACUCGAUGGCUGAGCUAGAGAAGAAGCUAAACAAGCUUGAAGUUUAUUGCCACAAUUUGAAGUCUGGACUGGAAGAAUGUGGCAGCAAUUCGCCCUAUAAAUCUGAAAAGAGUUGGAACAAUACUAUCCGUCAAAUUAAGAAUCUAGAUUUCAUGGUUGGAAAUGGUAAAUUAAUGGAGCAAUUCUUGAUUUAUGUAUCUGAAGCUCGAUCCACAGUUCGGCUUUUUAGUAGAUCUCUUACUAUGCUGCUUAGGCACAUGGGACCAAAAACGUACGAGAGAAUAUCACUGCUUCUUCAACCUUAUGAUGUGAAGAUUUCCUUCUCUAAGAACCCAAAGAUUCUUCUUUUUCAUCUUGAAGGUUUGAUGAACAAAGCUUUUUUUGAAGAUUUUGAAUCAAUUGGGUUUCAAAAAAAUGUUACAAAUCAAAUCCUGAACCCAAUAGAUCGGUGUGAAGCUAAUUUUGCGUCGUUUCAUGUUCUAAAAGAUUUGACAUGGGAGGAGGUUUUGAGUAAGGGGACAAGGCAUUUCAGUGAGAACUUCAGCAGGUUUUGUGACCGGAAAAUGAGUGAGAUUAUGUCCAUGUUGGGUUGGAAUAGAGCUUGGCCUGAGUCAUUAUUGCAGGCUUUCUUCAAUGCAUCGAAAAAUAUCUGGUUAGUGCACCUCUUGGCUAAUUCAGUUCACCCGGGGCUGCCGAUAUUUAGGGUGAAUAAAGGGGUGAGGUUCGAUUCUGUUUACAUGGAGGAUAUGGGUGGAGAUAGGGCGUUCAAAUUGGUUCCAAACUUUGUUCGGAUCAUGGUUGCACCUGGGUUUUAUGUCUAUGACAACGUGGUCAAGUGCAAGGUACUAUGCAGGUACGACACUAUAAAUAACAGUGUAUGUAAUGACAAGGGUUUAAUCUUAUCUCCUUAGGGUUUAUUUAGUUUAGAAUUUGUAAGUUGAAAAUUUCCAUUUGUUAUGACGUACUUUUUCUGAGAAUGUUAUUCUUUUGUCAAGGUGGAUAAUGUUUAAUGACUGUUCAUUGGUGCCACUGCUAUGACCUUGGGGACAUUUGGGUCAAAGUAAAGAAUUGGCUUUUUCUUCUUCUUU